AUAGCGUAAUUAUUUUGAUAAACUAAAGUUAUACCAAGUAGACAGAUAGACGACUCGGUAAUAUCAUUAUUUAUUCACCAUCUACGACAGUGGAUAAAGAGAUCCAUAGAGUCCAGUGUAAAUUCGAACCCCGCUCGGGAGAAUAUAUUUCAUUGUCAUCAGAAAUAUAUAUUCUAUAAUAUCAUAAUGUUCCUGCCAUACAGUUUUGGCAUUCUACGGUAUUUGGGUCUAUGGCAUACAGAAACCAUUUAUAGAUGGAUAUUAUAUUUACAAAUGAUAUACUCAUAUUUUAUGAUUUCUCUUAUUUCCUCGGAAGCAUUAUUCGAGUCAAUUGCACUUGUCAGUAAUUAUAACAAUUUUCAACAAUUUGUUGACAGUUCAAUAAUUCUUAUAACAAUGUUAGGAAUAUGUGGAAAAAUGUUUAAUGUGAUUAUAAAAUCUAAAGAAAUUAUACAAUUGAUAAAUAUCCUGAAUUCCUAUCCAUGCUGCUCUCGAGAUAGUGAGGAAAAAAAAAUUCAGGAUAAGUUUGAUAAAAUGAUCAAUUUUAGAACAUUAGCUUUUGUAGUUGUAAUGGAAUCAGCUGUGAUAUUAACAAUAGGCGUAUCUAUAAUUCGUGAUACGCCAAAUCGAAUAAUGUUUUUUAAUACAUGGCUUCCAUUUGAUACGUCAACGAUUAUUGGAUACUGGAUUGCUUAUAUCCAUCAAGUUUUAGCUCAUUUUUGUUGUGCAUCGGCAGGCACUGCAUACGAUACUCUGAUACCAGGUUUAAUGCUUAAGAUUUGUGCUCAACUGAGUAUUCUUGAGUAUCGACUAAAACUGUUGGCCAAAAACAGUUAUUAUUCAGAUUCGUCGGUUGAUAGUAAACAGCGAGAAAUAAAUGCAGCUACGGAAUGUGUAAAACAUCAUCUAAAAAUAUUUCAAUUGGCUGAAAGAACAAACGAAGUUUUUAGUACCAUUAUGUUUGUGCAGUUUUCCAUAAGUACCUAUGUCAUAUGUGUAACAAUUUAUAGAUUAUCUCAAGUGGAAAUAGGUGAUCCAGAAUUUGCUUCAAUGACAGUUUAUUUUAUGUGCCUGCUUUCACAAAUUUUUGGUACUUGUAUCGCCAGUACUGAAUGCAGUAUAAAGAGCUGUAAUGUAGCUACGGCAGUUUAUCAAACUGAUUGGUAUAACUUGAGUACUGCUACUCAAAAAAGUUUGUUAUUGAUAAUGACGCGAAGUUAUCAACCAUUACGAUUCAAUGCUGGGCACUUUAUUGAUAUAUCCCUUAACUCAUUCAAUCAACUGAUCAAACUUUCCUACUCAGCUUUCAACGUUCUUAAAUAGUAUAUUUUAUGCAUAUUUAUGAAAAUAGACAUACAACCAUCAUCUGAGAGAAAUUUUAGUAAAUUUAUCGUCCUCUAGGGAAGUAGAGUACUUUUGAAAUUUUGAACUCUGUCCAUGAACUGAAAACACUAGAUAUUGUUGUGUAAUAUUUUGACUGCG